AUGGACGAGAAGUCAGGCAUUCGCGAGGCAAUCGCCUUCGACUCUUGCCGAGACCUGCGCAAGGAGGAGAAUAGCCUGGGCUGGAGCGUUACCACCGCGGCAGCCACGGAUUGUGCGCCAGGUCAGAUGAGCACUUUCAUCAUGUGCUCCCAGCUGGCCUUGCUCCGGGGAGAUCUCGAGGCGGCCCUCCUCUACUCCGACAUCGCGAACUACAUGCUUCCCUUUGCCGCGUCAUGCAUGGAUGUGGUCCAGUGGACCAUACGUCCAGAGGAUGUCAGUGAGAACCACCGUGUGCUGGUGUUGGCAGCUGCAGAGCGCGAGGAGAACGGCAUGUCUGGACCUCUACGGCCAGAAGAGAUACACUCGCUCCUGUGGCGUUUCGCUGCCGUCGAGUCUUAG